CGUCAAAUAACGCCUUGUGAAAAACUGUUUGAAAGAGGAUAUUUGUGCAUAGUGUUGGAAACAUCUUAUCGGUUAUUUUUUACGAGUAUGGCUGAUCUUCUUAAAUUUAUGUCUUUAGUCGGAAAGCUGAAGUCCACCAAACGUACCGGCUGGGUUUACCGUGGCGUCAAAUCGCCUGAAAGCGUUUCAGAUCACAUGUACCGCAUGGCUAUUAUGAGUUUUCUGCCGACUGGACGUGAAGAGGGUACAAACAUCAAUCGCGAUCAUUGCAUUAAACUCGCACUGGUCCACGACAUGGCGGAAUGCAUUGUUGGUGAUAUCACGCCAUUCGAUGGAGUCAGCAAGGAGGAGAAACACAGAAGAGAAAAGCAAGCUAUGGAGAAUUUGUCGAGUUUGGUUGGUGAAGAAGUGGGGAAGGAAUUCCUACAACUUUGGCAGGAAUAUGAAGCCCAAGAGACUGAGGAAGCCAAAUUUGUGAAGGAUUUGGAUCGAUUUGAAAUGAUUCUACAAGCACAUGAAUAUGAAGACAGCGAAGGAAAGCCGGGCUGGCUUCAAGAGUUCUUUGACUUCACCACGGAUAAAUUCCAGCAUCCAAUUGUCAAAGAUUGGGUACAAGAGCUUAAUAAGUUACGGAGUCAGUCAAAAGAAUAAAUCAGCAUAAAUCAGGCUUGUGUUUUCAAUGAGGAGGGAUCAUCAAUGUUAUUACUAAUAAUUUACUCGAUGUCAAAGUUUUGUUAUUUACUGUAAGGCACCAUUGUGUGUGCCUAAUAUGCAUAUAGUGAAAUAGAGAUGAGAUUUUCAUUUG